UCGGCCCCACAUCGGGGUCAGUCUCAGUCUGUGUUUCGAACAGUAAGCACCUCAGAAAAUUAUCAGUAUUAUUUUAGGUAAUGAGUUUCAAGUAGUGAAAAAAAAAUAAAAAAGAAAAAAAAAAAGGACUAUCAUGACGGAGGUGGCCGUUCAUCGUUUGUAGAUGGAGAGGAAGUCCUGGAACCGAAGUCAUCCCGCCGGAUUCGAGGCACACCCGUCGCGGAGCAGUGACGGAACCCUCAACCUAAUGGUGUGGCAAUGCGCCGUGCCCGGCAGGAAGUACACACCCUGGGAGGGCUGCCAGUACAAGUUAAAGCUGUUCUUCCCCGUGGAUUAUCCCGAGGAGCCGCCUGUAUGCAAAUUCGUACCGGCUUUGCUGCAUCCGAAUAUUUUCCCCUCAGGCAUAGUUUGCCAUUCAAUACUCUGGCAUCCCGACAUGACCCCUGAACAGAUUCUGACGGCCACCCAGGACCUUCUGCACAAUCCAGACAGGGAUCAUCCUGUCCGGAGCGACGCCUACAAGCUACUGGAAAGAAGUCAGCAGGAGUACGACGAAGUAAUCCGGUUCCAGGCUCUAAACAUUACCGAUCAAUCCCAUCCUCCAACGGCUAAUCCUCCGGCUGAAGCCCAUUCCUUCUAACGAAGCUCCUUAAUGGAAAGCCGAUUAUUUUUCUUAACUUCUGACUGGCGGCUGAUCAUCCAGCCGCAUACCAUAUAACUCUGACGAAGCUCCUCAAUGGAAAGCUGAUUUUCUUUUCUUCUGACUGACGGAUGAUCAUCCACCUGCAAACCCCAUUAUUCUAACGAAGCUCCGCAAUGGAAAGCUGAUUACACACACAAUUCUGACAAAGCUCCGCAAUGGAAAGCUGAUCACACUCAUCUUUGGCAUUGUUUUUUACAAAAUUCAUCCCAUAUGGAAUCGUCCCAUUCUCAAAGUUUUUAUAAACUUUCUCAAUGGUGUUCAUAACAAUAACACCCUCAUUUCCGAAGACCCCCAUCCUGACUGGCAGCCGAUCAUCCGGUUGCAGCCAAACAAUUCUGACGAAGCUCCUCAAUGGAAAGCUGAUUACACGCGACUCUGACGAAGCUCCUCAAUGGAAAGCUGAUCACACUCAUCUUUGGCAUUAUUUUUUACCAAAUUCGUCCUAUAUGGAAUCGUCCGAUUCUCAAAGUUUUUUUUAUAAACUUUCUCAAUGGUGUUUAUAAAAAUAAACAGAAUUUUAUUUGAAAUUAUAUAUUAUUAAUAAUA